AUGGGGUGCGGGACGGGGUGUGUGGGGAUCGCCCUCGCGCGAGAGGUCCCACGGGUGAAGGUGUGGGGGGUGGAUAUCCUCCCUGAGGCCGUCCACGCAAGCCGCGAGAAUGCCCGCCGGAAUGGCCUCCCGGAGGCGCGCUAUACCGCCAUCCAAAGCGAUCUUUUUGGGUGGUUUUGCACCUCAGAAGGUGAAGGGGGGGCGGGCGUCGAUUCUCGGCCUCGUGCGGAGCGGAUCGCCGACGUUCAUCGCCAUUCGUUCGAUCUCAUCGUCUGCAACCCCCCUUACCUCCUCCCCUCGCAGUACGACGCCCUGCCCCCUACCGUGAAGCACUGGGAGUCGAGGCUGGCAUUGGUCGGCGACGCCUACCGCGAAUCGAAGCAGUAUCUAUAUUUUCAGGAGCUCUGCGAAUACGGCGUCGCGAUGCUCAAACCCGAUCGUUUGAAGGAUCCGGAGUUGCGGACGAUCCCGAAUUUGGUGUUCGAGGUGGGGUUGCAGGCCGAGUUGGUGGCUUCGUUGAUGGAAAAGAGCAAAAAAUGGACGAAUGUGGAGGUCCACCUCGACGAUACACAGCAGCCGCGCUGGAUUACCGCCAUCUCCGUUCACUAG